AUGGACUUUUCGUCGGUAGAAAUUGCGUUAUAUGGUGAUGUGGAAAAGGACGAAGAUCUUUUGGCUGAAUUGAUGAAAUUGGAAGCUGAAGAAAAAUCGCAAAACGCUUGUUCUAAUCUAUCAUCGGAUAAAAAUAGAUCAAUUUCACAUGAUGUUCCGAAGCGAGGAAACUUUGGUCAAAGAGCUAUUAAUCUUGCGGAAAUGAAUUCGAGUUUAAUUCAUGAAGCAUUAACAGAUAUUGAUGAUUCAAUGGAUGAUGAAGAGGAAAUUACGGAUCCAGAUCUUUUGGCUGAAUUAUCGCAUAUUGUUGAAGAGGAACUCAGUGAAUCUAAAACAAAAGAAAAUUGUUGUGAGAGCACGGUGAAUCCUUCUGAAACUCCUGUAGAUUCUGUAUUGUUGGAACGAUUGCAGAAGUUAAAUGUUGAUUACACUAAAAUGUGUGAAAUGCUUCAGAAUGAGAAGGAUUCAGCCAAAUUUCGAAGAUGUAAGAGGGCAAUUACAAAGCUAAAUGAAUUAAUGAAGAAUGUAUCAGCUGGAAAAAAAAUUGAUGAAAACGAUAUACCAGCUCCUUUAUAUUUAUCUUCCUCUAUUGUCAAAAAUUCUGAACUGAAUGCAUCAUCUGCAUGUUGUGCUCAAAAUGAUGUUUCGUCAACUACGUCGUUACCGAUCCCAAAAGAUACGUCGUUACCGAUCCCAAAAGAUACGUCGUUACCGAUCCCAAAAGAAUCUUAUCCACCUCCCAUACCGCCAAGAAAAUCUUCCACAGCUUUUGAGCAGAAUAUUCCAUCGUCGACUAUAGAGAAAGCAUCCAUUGAUAAUGACGCUAUUAUUGCCGAGACAGUUAAUAGUUCUAAUAAUGUUGUAGAACUGGAUAGCUUAAAAUUGCUUGAGAAUCCAAAUGGAAGUAAUUCGAAUGUUUCCAGUUCUUCACCAAUUUCCGAUAUUAAUCAAAUGAAAGCGCUUUUACAACGUCGAAAAGAUGCAUAUGUGAAUAAUGCUCGCUUAGCUAAUGCAGCUGGUGAUAAAAAGGUUGCUUACGAAUAUUAUUCCAUAGCAAAGCUAUUUGAUAAGGCUAUCGAAGCAGUGAACAACGGCGAAGUAAGCGAAUGCUCAGAAAAUGACUUGCCACCUUAUCCAACUCCUUACAAGAAAAAAGAAAACACUGUGUCAUCUCCCUCUCCCAAAACGCUACUUGAUGGGCUGGUUCAACGUCUAGAAAGAUACACUGUUUUAUGUGAGAAAGCUAAAGCCGACAAUGACGCUCGUAAAUAUCGAAUGAACCUUCGUAUUAUCAAACAAUAUGAAGAGGCUAUUCGAGCGUGCCGGAUGGGUAAAGCUAUUGACACUAGUGGAUUGCCAUGUCCUCCUGGUUUUCCUUCCCUACCGAACACUUCAAAAGAUAAUUCUUUAAUCCAAACUUCAGAAUUUGCGCCAUCUGCUUCACAAUUUAAUUCUCGCGUGAACCAUGAAAUCGGCCCAUUCGCAGCAACGGUCCCUCUGAAUUCACGCGAUGGUUGUAAGUCGCGUCAGAGCAAUCAACUUGAAUUUCUUCAAAAGCGGCAACUUCUCUUUAAGCAAGCUGCACUUUUUGCGAAACAGAAAGGAGAUAUAAUUGCAGCAAAAAAGUAUCUGUUAGCUUCAAAGGUCGUGAAAGGCUUUGAUCCAAUGAUUAAGGCAUCAAAAGCUGGGUUACCUGUGAAUAUAAGUAAAGCUCCUAUACCGCCUCAAAUGCAAGCCAUAUCAAAAAACUUGAAGCCUGCGUUAAGUCCCCAAGAGAGUUUAGAUUCAUCAGCAGUUAUUCAAGGUAACCGAGGUGAUAUUUUUGCUGUAAUGGAACUUGAUCUUAUCCGUCAGGUUCGUCUUUGUGAGGAAAAUCGAUUGGCUUUCGCGAAAUUAGGCGAUGUUCCAAGAGUCAAGCUUUUUGAAUCUUGGUUAACCAAUACCAAAAGAGAUCUCAUUCAAUUGCGUCAACUUGCGAAAAGCGGUGCUUCUUUACCCAAAUUUCGAUAUGAAGUGCGAAAUUUUCCUUCACUUGAUGUAUGCACUGAAGUGAAUGAGAAUCAGUUAGAGUUAACAAUAAUUUGCGUGCUUGAUUCGAAAUUACCAGCUGGCUGGCAGCCAUGUGAUGGAAAUAUUUUCGUGAAAUAUGAUUUUUCUUUUCCUCAUGAUAAUCAUCAAGUUGGGAAAACAAAAGUAGUUUAUGGUUCGAAUUCUCCUGAAUUUAAUGAGAAAUUUUUAUUGAAUGCAAAUCGAAAAUCGCGCCAGUUGUUGCGUGUCAUAAAACGGAAUUGCUUAAAAUUUGAGGUUUAUCAGAAAGGUGGAUUUUUACGAAGUGAUAAAUUAUUGGGGACCUCUGAUUGCAAGUUGGUUGUACUUGAGGAAAAAACUGAAAUCCAUGAAAGCGUCAGUUUAAUGGACGGCAGGAAACCAGCCGGUGGCAAAAUUGAAUAUAAGGUCCGAAUUCGUGAACCGUUUGGUGAAAAUAAACUAAAUGUCUCGCAAGGAAAAUGGCUUGUUUUGGAAAUGUAA